AUGAAAUUCUUCUCUGCUUUCUCUUCUUCACGCGUAGCUGCUGCCAGCAACAACAGCAAUGAUGAUCAUUGUUUUGCACCGGCCCCAUACGAAAAGCCAACAAGUCGUAACAGUCUCGAAUGGUUGACUCAGGUGGUUACACCUCAUCGCCGUCGCCGAACAUCGACCUCUUCUGAAGAUAGUACCUUAUCGAGCGCAUCAUCGAUCUCGUCUGCUUCUUCCAUAAUGUCGCCCAAGUCCAGGGAAUUCGAAUCCUUGAUUGUGGAACACCCUACGCGAACAGUCAGACUCAGCGUUACACCUGGUUAUGCAGUUUAA